CGGGCGCAGGUGCGUGCCGGGGCCCAGAGUUCCGGGGGCGGGGAGGAGCGGCCGGGCCGGGCGCGGGGCAGAGCCGCGGGGCCGGGCCUGGGGCCAUGGACAAGCUGAAGCGGGUGCUGAGCGGCCGCGACGCGGAGGAGCCGAGCGGCCUGGCUGAGGUUAUUGAUGCGACUUCGUUAGGUUGGGGCACCCGAGUGAAAGGCUUCAUUGCGUGUUUUGCAAUAGGGUGCCUGUGCUCGCUCUUGGGUACUUGUCUGCUAUGGGUACCAAAGAAAGGGCUGAUACUCUUUGCAGUAUUUUAUACGCUGGGGAAUAUUGCGUCUAUUGGGAGCACUCUUUUUCUUAUGGGACCAAUGCAACAGUUGAAAAGGAUGUUUGAGCCUACACGUUUGAUUGCUACUAUUGUUAUGCUAUUGUGUCUCAUACUAACAUUAUGUGCUGCUUUCUGGUGGGGUAAAGGACUUGCGCUCCUCUUCUGCAUCUUACAGUUUUUUGCCUUGGCAUGGUACAGCAUUUCCUUCAUACCGUUUGCAAGGGAUGCUGUGAAGAAAUGUGUUUCAGUCUGCCUGUCCUGAGAGGAAUACUGGAUGCUUCACAAAGUUCUAGGAAGUAUAGUAGAGCUACGUUAAGAUCACUGUGCGUGUAUUUUUCCUACUUCUGUCUCCAACAUGUGCCUUUCAGCUUGUUUAGAAGCCCCUUGUGUUAAAUCCAGUGUGUGCAAUUGCUUGGUUUUGUAAGCAAUGGUGUCUGUAGGACAGGGUGCUCGUGGUCAAAUGAAGUUCAAUCUGGCAGAAAAACUAGGUGGAGAUCCAGAAUCUGUUAUGAUAAUUCUUUAUAUAAAGUCAUGUAUUUGUUUGGUUUUGCAAAAGUAACAUAGUAAUACAUGAAGUUUGUAAAAUGGAGAUCUCUACUCUGAUGGGACUAUGCCAGUCUAGAGGAUUUCUUUUUUCAAGAAAAAAAAUCAGUUGGCAACUGAUUUGUUACUGACAACUUGUUUUUUGUUUUCAAAUAGCCUUAUGUCACUUAAUCUUCGCACUGUUUACCUUGGAUAAUGGAAUACUGGUAUUCUUUUCAUGCCUCUUGAAAAAUUUUAGGUUUACUUCAAAAAACUUUAAUUCUAAAUGAAAAGACUAUUUUGGAGUAAGUAUGAAAUGUUUGCAUCUUUAAUGAAAUAUUUACUUUUCAGUUUAGACUGGUGGUGUUUCCUUAAAAUACAUGAAAGGGACAUUUUCAUCUGUAAUAACUUACUCCUGUAGGAAAAGCACUUGCAAAAUAAGGUUGAUAGAAUCUUUUAGCUGUCAGGAACCUGAAUUCUUUGCCUUGCCUGCAGCUAAAGGUAAUACAUAAAAGGCAGAAAACUGAAAUUUUUCACAUGAUGCAGGGUGCUUCCCUUCUUUCCCAGCUGCAGCGUAGGGGCCAUGCAAAGCUGAGGGCCUGAUAGGUAAGCAACGACAGAAUUUAUGUAUGUCCUUUCCCACAGGACGAACUCUGAUAAGGUGAAAGCAGGAUAUUGUUUAAGCAGUCUGGUCCAAGGAGAAGAUGUUUUCUUCUUACCUUAUUUACAAGUUAGAACUACAACAUUUCUUCUUUUUUGUAAGUGGGAUCAGUUUUGUGUCUCCUAAAGCUCUUGCAUACACUAGCGAAGAACAACUGUUUUGAGGAGAAAGUACAAUUUUCUGUUGCCUGUCUUAUCAAAGAAAGCGUGUAUCAGUCUAGCUGCCAGCUCGAAACAAAUGCUGAACGUCGGUAUCCAAAUUCCAAGGCUACUCUAUAUUCUGUUCAUAUUCUGAGCUGUGUAUAAUCACUUACUCCCAAACCAUUGCUGCGGUUAGUUGUUUAUAAGCACAGGUUCCCGCUUCUGCGGGGUGAGAUACUGUUUAACUGCUUUCACCUUUCCUCUUACCAACUGUCUUGCUGGAGGCAGUGGCUAUGAAGAUGAUUAUCCAACAUGAACUGAAGUCUCUCUUCCUCCAUCUACCAGGAGUUUAGCCAGGUAACAGCGUUCUGUUUGCAUGGCAAACACAUCCCUGACUUGUACUACAAAGAUUUCAAUGUAGGAAAGACCUAGAUGUACUUGGCAAUAAAACAUAAACCCACAGUGAAGCCAAGUAAUUCUGUGGCUUCCAGAAAGUUACUAGAAACUGAGUUAAUUCAAAAUCUUAAACUUAAGUGUCCUUCUGAUAAUUUAUAAAGCACAGUACCAUCCUUCUGUUAGGAUCCUCUCAAAAAAAAAAACCAACCCAAAACACCAACCUUUUGAGGAUGGUAUGAAAGGGAAAUUUCACCAGGCGUUCAGUGGAUUCCAGCUGGCUAGAGUUCCUGUUACAAAGGCAUCUGAAUGGAAAAUGCUGCCUUGAAAAUAUGGCACCGAUGUUGGGAUGAAUCCAUUACACAGGAUGAUCAAAUGCAGUUCCUGGUGCUUUUUUAUUUUCCUGCUAGAAUUUGGAAAUUAGUGUUGAAUAACUAGGUUGACUAUUACUUUCCUUGAAGGAUUGUUAAAUGCCCAAGAGAGACUGGGAAUUACAGAAUACUGCUACUUCUUUCCUCUGACUGACCUAAGUAUCUAAACUGAUGUGUGUCUUUUAUCAGGGAGAAGGUUCAAACCUAAUUUACAUCUGUCAAAGGACCUGUGUUAGUCUUUUAUUAGGACUUUGAUGAUGUUUACAGAAUUCCUUUGUGUGAGGGCAAUUUAAAUGCAACCCUAAUGCCUUCUGCAUUCCAAUAUUUAGUUUAACAUACUUGGCUGUUCCUGGAAAACACUAGAAGUAUAGCAUACGUUCCUCCUUUCCCUCUCCAGGAAGUUAUGUUAACUUGGAUCAUCAUUCCAGGCUCAUCAGCAGUCAACAUAAUGGAAUUUGACUUUGUUCUUUUUUUGAAUACUUCAGAUUAGGAGUAAAAAUCUUUUGCUUCUUCCUUGACUGGCUUCUGAAGGACUGUGGCACCCUGACUCUCUAGCAGUUCCUCUAGAACACCAGAAGUGGGUAUGCUGAAUAUUAGUUUUUCAACUUGCAUACUAGCUAACUGGAACAUUUUAGCUGACUGUUGUGAGCACAGCCACUUGGAAGUAAGAAAUUUAGGAAACUACCAAUAUAUAGUGGGUAACCUUAGAUAGAUUAUUUUUUUUCCUUACUCCCCCUCCUUUUCCAACUCCACAGCUUUUUAUUCAGUAAGAGAGAAGAACAAAUCUUCAUUUGACUGUAUAGCAUGUGAGGCUCAGCAGUUGUGCCAUUAAAGAAAGGGAAUCCAAGGAGAGGUGGCAAAGACACAAGGACUGCCAGAGUGCAAUUAGGGCUUAUGUUGCCCUUUGGUGUUGCAUUCUGUUCCUGUGAAGGUCAGACAGGAGGAGAGACUCACUGUAUUCUUGCCAAUAUGUGAAACAUACUCAGGGUUUAUCAUUUCGUCUACAAGCAGUUUUGAUUUAAAAUAACUCUCCUUUAUCACAACAAACUCUUCAGAUUCUUAGUCGCUUAUAAGUAGUUAUGUUCAAGCUGAUGCCAAGUUUAGCAGCAAAAGAUUUUCCCACUUUGUUAAAAUACUUUAUAUGAUUUUGCAUAAUCAGGGAGUAAACCUCUCGUGACCAGUUCCAAUCUGAAUUAGAUUACACCAUCAUACCUUCUUUUCAUCAUUCAUACUACUUUAUGUUAAGUUUUGUUACCAUCAGCUUUGGUCAUCUGCUCAGCAGGAAGCGUGGUGGGCAUUUUUGAAGCCCUCUCUAGCUUUCUAUCUUAGUGUCCUUCAAGGCAGGAAUGUUUGUUGUGUGUGCUGUACUGCAAAUAGAGAUGUUUGUGUUUUAAAUAGCAAAGCUCCUUCCUUCCCAAAGUCCUUGCUCUGUUGCCUACAGCACUUAACUCAAGGUUGACUUUCCUAAAGAAACUUGCAUGAUGUUGGAUGCGCAUCUCGGUAGGCUUUGAUGUUCUUCCAGAAAGUGUUUUUUGCCCAGCCUCACUGUUGGUCAGCUUGCCUAUCCACUUUUUACUUUUUGCAGUACAGAUAACAUAACCUUAACCAAGCAGCCCUAGCAUACAGUUCUAGCAUACAGUUCUAGCAUGAAAUGUGCAUAUCUGGGAUCAGUUGACUUUCCAGAUACAGUAGAAAUGGAAGUAAGGAGGGUGGUAGUCAUGUGUUCCCAAAGUACUGAGAUUCUACACAUAAAAAUGUGGGAUUUCUUUUUCAUUACUUCAAAGAUUUGCUCUGUUUCAUGCGAUGAAGUCCAUUGUGAAUACUGGUGCUAUCUGAGAUGGUUCCACAGGGAUGAUGUGAACAAUUUCCUCUUGUUUAGUAUUUACAGUAAUGAGAUUGUUCAUGAACUGUUACAAAAACCAAGGAAGAAAUUUCUGCACCAAGUUGAAAUUCUUCUAAGAAAUUGUUUUUUAAAAAAGGAAGUGGUGUAAGCUUUGUGUGUGAAUAAAUACGCAAGUUUGGGGGAGGAUAGGGACCCUGCUAUGGGAUGGCUUCCAGCUAGGUGUAAGAUGGCAGGCUUGAAUCGAUCAUGAUUUGUGGAUAGAUUGCAGCUGGCGUGCAAUGCAUUUGGAGGCUCAUGGCACUGUUGCUUACAUGUGGUCUGAAACUCCUGUUCUGGGAAUUGCCUUGUGGAGUAGUGCGGGCACUUGAAGCUCAUCCCCUUUUGCUAUGUGCUAUGAGAUGGAAAGAGCCUCCGAGUCUGAGAAUGGUUCUUGCUUAGUUUUGGUACUUAAUCACAUUAAGGGAAGUAAGAUCACUGUUGCUAUUGUAAAGUGAGGAGGAUGAUGACAUUGAAACACGCUUGUCUUAUAUACUUAUGUUUAACAACCAUAGCAAAUACUGACCAUGCAAGACAGAAAGCACAGAAAUGGUAUAUUUUUCUUAAAACCACGUGCCUCACUGUAAUGGGACCACUAUAUUUUUUUAAUAGCUGUGGACUUGUUUUGUAAAACAAAACCCAAACUCUCAGAAAUUCUCCACAAUGUUUUCUACUGUUACUGAUUCUAUUUGCUGUUGUGCUUUUUGUAUGUUUUUACACUGUUUUCUACUUUGACAAACAUCUUCUUUCCUAACUUCCAACUUUCUCUGUAAUUAAGUGAAAUAUUAAAAGUGCUGGGGUUUUUUUCUUCAAUAAAGUUGUCAUUGCAUUAAAUUAA